AAUCGAAAUUAAAAAAUUGAUAACAUGUGAAAAUCAAAGUCCUCCGGGAAAAACCGCGUCCCCAUUUCACAGAGCCCAAAUUCGGAUAUUACAAUCAGAAGAGGUAGUAGAAUAGCUCCUGAGACGUAGUAGAAUUCAACCCUCUGUAUCAGAAACUGGUGGUUUCGUUUUGAAUUCAAAAAAAGUUAGGGUUUUGAUAAAUCCCUAAAAUGUCGACUGGUAAACCUAAAGACAACGAUUUUCAGCUUUCUGUAGUGCCGGGAAUGUCGAAACCGCCCCUACCGCCAUCUUCAAAUGCGAUUGUAGAAUAUACUCCUCCUGUUUUUAAGGAGGAAGAAGAGGAUUUGGAAAUUAAGCUCCGGCGUAUCAUCGACAAUGUUCCGGUUCGUGUUAGCAAUACCUCCGGUAGUUCUGCUGGUUCUGGCUCCGGCGAUUUCCACCAGUAUCGGCAGAUGAGGCGCAAGGAGCAAGAUCGACUUGCUAGGAUGGACGUUGAUUAUCAGAGAAGAAAAGAACUGGCAGAAUUUAAUAUGAGAAGAGAGGAAAGAUUAAAAGCUGCUGAGGAACGCACAGCUAAGAAGCGAGCAAAGCGUCAAAAGAAAAAGCAAAAGAAAAAGGAGAAAAAGAUCAAAACUAAUGAUGGAGAACAGCAGCAAAAGAAAGAAGAAUCUUCUGACGACGGGGAUUCUGAUAACAAUGAGGAGACAGCACCUUGAAACAAGCUUCUGUUGUACCCCAAGUUUUUUAAAUUUGGUUGAAGUUAAGUAUGCUUGGCGAGUAAAUCUGUCUUAAGGUAAAACAGAGUCCUGACUCGGGUUUCUAUUAUUUUUAUCCUAUAUGAGUUGGGAGGCAAUACAAUCAAACUGUUCCAGUGAUAUUUAUCUUAAAGAGAACUAGAUGCAUGUUUGCAUUCA